CAGAUGCAAGUCCUUAGUGAGCUAUAACCAGAUAUAAAUACGUCUCAAACGAAAAACAUCCUCCUGUCUCGACAUUGCAAUUUCUUGUUCACUUCCAAGUACCAUUAAAAAAUUCCCGAAUCUCAUUAAGAUUGAAGCUUUUAUUUUGUUUUUGAACAUCCAAAAGGAAGUGGAGGCAGAUAAAAACAGCUUGGACAACCUCAUUUUCAUACUCUGAGUGAUGUCUCAGCUACCUGCAGUCGCCAGCAUGACUUGGGUUCUGCUCUCUGUGCUCUGGCUCAUCUUCCAAACUCAAGCAUUAGCCACAAAACAAACAUCUGAAUUAACACUCUAUGAAGUAGUUCAUCCCAGAAAACUACACAGUUUACACAAAAGAGAGAUUGAGAACGGGACGCAGAGGCAUGGGGAUGAGGAAAAGUAUGAAUCUGAAAUUAAAUACCAGAUUAGAUUAAAAGGAGAAGAAAUCAUUCUUCAACUACAGAAAACCAAGCAUCUCCUGGGACCAAACUACACUGAAACUUCCUAUUCACCCAGAGGGGAGGAAAUCAUCACCAGCCCUCCUGACCUGGAGUAUUGUUACUAUGAAGGACGCAUCCUAAAUGAGAAAGAUUCUGUUGCAAGCAUCAGUACCUGUGAUGGGCUGAGAGGAUACUUCACCCAUCACCAUCAAAGCUAUCUGAUACAGCCCCUGAAAGGCACGGACCAGGCAGAACACGCUAUCCUUACAUACAAUCAGGAGGAACUGCACACAGCCAACUACACAUGUGGUGUGAGACAUGUUGGCAGGAAACGUGGUCCUGUUCGAAAGUCUAGGUCACCCAAAAGUGCAAAGCAAGAAGACUUUCUUCAGGCACAAAAAUACCUUGACCUGUUUUUGGUGCUCGAUAACACCUUUUAUAAUAUACAUGAGGGAAAUAUAACUCACAUGAGAAGCUUUGUGUUCAAUGUGCUGAACCUACUCAAUGUGAUUUACAAUACCAUAGAUGUUGAAGUGACCUUGGUGGGUAUGGAAAUCUGGUCUGACAGUGAUAAGAUCAAGGUGGAACCUAACAUAGGCACCACAUUUAACAACUUCCUGAAAUGGCAUAAAUCUAACCUGGGGAAAAAGAUGGUGCAUGACCAUGCCCAACUUCUCAGCGGAGUAGCCUUCAACAAUCGCCGUGUUGGAAUGGCAGCCUCAAACUCCUUGUGUUCUUCAUCUUCGGUUGCUGUUAUUGAGGCUGAAAGAAAGAAUAAUGUAGCUCUUGUGGGAGUGAUGUCACAUGAGUUGGGCCAUGUACUUGGCAUGCCUGAUAUUCCAUAUGACACCAAGUGUCCCUCUGGCAGCUGUGUAAUGAAUCAGUAUCUGAGUUCAAAAUUCCCAAAGGAUUUCAGUACAAUCUGCCGCACACAUUUUGAAAGUUAUCUUUUAUCUCAAAAACCGAAGUGCCUGUUGCAACUAUCAGCUCCUAGAAAUGGGACAAUACCAGUGUGUGGGAAUCAACUUCUGGAAGUGGGAGAAGACUGUGAUUGUGGCUCUCCUAAGGCUUGUACCAACGCUUGCUGCGAGGCCAGGACAUGCAAAUUCAAACCUGGAACUGAUUGUGGAGACACUCGAAAGCCUGUCACAAAAUGAAGCAAAUCCUGCUUCGAGGAGAUGCAACCUGACCAAGGGUAACUCCAGGACACUAGCCAUGCCACAAACCCUAUGUGUUUUAUUAGAUUUUCUACACUUGCAUUUUUCUCAUUGUCAUUCCACUUUUCAAAUUUUUAAAUCAAGUGUCAGGUAAAUGGAUGCCAUUAGAAACACUGCCUAUUUUUAAGGACAAUGAAGCUACAGCUUAGCUCUGCUGUUUGAGAACAAAAGAAACUAACCUUUGACCAAUGCAGUGGAAAAACAAAACCACUAUUAUUCAGAGUCAAUGCAAAAUUGUAAAUUGGGAAUAACUUG